UUCAAAGGACUUCGCAGUCUUUGCAGAAAAAGAAGGAUUUCCGUCACCACAAAGUCACACCCUGUCACGCAAGAACCAACGGAGAGGCAGAAAGCUUCAUGAAAACGCUCAACAAAACUGAACAGAUCGCUAACUUACAAAAAAAGGACACAACCACAGCCAUACAGGAUAUGCUUAUUGGAUACCGUUCCACACCUCACCCCGCCACRGGAGUAACUCCAUACGAAGCAUUGAUGAAUCGAAAGGUACGAACGAAACUUGACCAUUACCYAACGAUAGAGCCUCAGCAAAAGCAACGCGAGGAACAAAUCAACGAACGAGACAAAGAGUACAAAGAAAAGAUAAAGAAAUACAGAGAAAAUAAGAACACUAAAGAACAUAACUACAUCAUCGGAGACUAYGUCYUAGUGAAACAGACAAAGAAAAACAAGUGGACGACAGCAUACGAACCAGCAUUCUAUAUCAUCUACAGAAUAGAAGGAUCUACUAUUUCAGCCAGAAGAAUCAAGGACGGAAGAGAGAUACGCAGAGACUCCAGCCACUUUAAGCAAGUCAAUGAAGUUAUCUCAAGUUCUGAAGACUCAAUUGAAGCAGUGAAAGAUGAAGACUGGAGGAAGAAAAUUCUCGGAGAAGCAGAGGAAGAAGCAGACGAUACUCAAGCAGCAUCAGGAGUAACUGAAAAUGUUAACGCAAACCAAGAUCAAGUGCAGAAACCACCGCAAGUCCAUUCACCAGCCAAGCAAGCUGAAGCAAGACCACAGAGGAACAGAAGAAGACCAACCUAUCUAAAAGACUAUGUGUAAACUUGGACUGUCCUCAUGUGAUGGAACAUUGUUGAGUUAUUAUUAUGUAUGAGAGUUGUGAUACAUAUUGAUUAUAGAGAUAUAAGUAUUAUUAUGUAUACCAGGAAAAGACAUUUAAGAGCGGAUGUCCACAAGGGUCAAACAUAUAGCGGCAACAGCCCAAAAAUCGAUUUUGCUCAUACUUUUAUAAUUUGUUGCCUAUUAUAUCCCAAUCAUCGUGGUAUACUUUGUUUGUCAAAAUACGCUUUUGUUUUAGAGAAAUAUUUAUUUUAGUCGGGUCGGGUAAAUAUGCUAAUUAGAAGCGCUUGAAAUUGACUAUUUUAAGUGAGCUUGUGUGACGAAAAUCUUUGACC